AAGUUGAUAGGGAUUUGUUGUUGUUGUUUUGUUUGUUUGAUUUGUAUAUACUGUAUUUGAUAACGCCUGUUUUGUUGAAAAAAAAAUUAACCAAACCAAACCAAAUAUGGAAUUGUAUAAGAAUCUGGUUUUACUUCGAAAACUUCCGCUUACAAUCGAAUGUACUUAUGCAUAUGAUGAUUAUCUGUUGAUUGGCACUAAAGAGGGUCACCUUCUAAUGUAUAAAAUUGAUCUAAAACUUUCAAGUACAACAGAAUAUGAAUUCAAAUUGCAUUUAUUACGUUCAGCAAAACAAUUUAGCCGAAAGCCAAUUGUUCAAAUGGAUGCAAUACUAGAAUAUCGUGUUCUUGUAUCAUUAUCCGAUCAGCUUAUUUCGAUACAUAAUCUGGAUAAGAUUUCUUUUCCAUUUUUGUCUUCAUUGGCCAAAAGUAAAGGAGCAAGUUAUUUUUCAUUGGAUGUUAGCAAACAACAAACACUUUCUGGUCAAAUUCAAUCAACCAUACGACUUUGUGUAGCUGUCAAACAUAAUUUACUUUUUUUCUAUUGGAAAAAUAAUGAAUUUUUUGAACUUAGACCUACUAUCAAAUUACCUGAUAUGGCUCGUGUGGUAAUCUGGAUUGCCAAUAGAUUAUUUGUCGGCCUUCGUAAUCAGUAUAUCCAAGUGGAUAUUGAUAAAGGUACGGUAACGAAAAUGUUUCCAGUAACAUCCGAACCAUUGAUUGUACCGUUAUUGGCUGAACGUAAUCUGGCCAUUUGUCGAGAAGAUAAAACCUACAUAUUUGAUUAUGAAGCACGGCCAUUACUUAAUUGUGCAAUUACAUGGACCGAUCAACCAUUAUCGAUGACUGAUGAUUUACUUUUUUUGAUUGCUGUCGAAGCCAAUUCUACCAUCGAAGUUCUAACUAAUACAUUACGUGAUGUGAUAAACGAUCCAUUUUUACAAAAAAGUGAUCUAUCUUCGCAGCUAACCAGACCAAUAAAAGCUAUUGGAAAAUGGCGUAAUCGACCUGGUCAAUUAGUUCUUCAUUCUGAAAAUGAUAUUGUUAUGAUGAAAAUUGUACCGAACGAACAACAAAUUAGAAUUUUACAGAAUGCUAGACAUUUUGAAUUGGCAAUCAAAAUGAUUGAAUAUUACAAUAGUUUGAAUGAAUUGGACAAUUCUGAAAUAAUGGCUGGUGACGAGUAUGAUGAAUUAAAGCUGAAAAUUCGAAAAUUACAUGCCAUUGAUUUGUUUUCAAGAUUUAAAUUUACCGAAGCUAUAUCUUUAUUUCAAUCAUUGAAGACUGAUCCUUCAUUUGUUAUUGCUUUAUAUCCUGGUAUAUUACCAGAUCGAUAUCGAAAUCAAUUACUAACUAGUGAACCAAUUGUUCAUACACCACCAUUAGAAGGUGCAAUGUUAGAACGAGGUUUAUUAACAUUGAUUGAAUAUUUAGUCGAAAUAAGACAACGAACUCAGAAACAAAUCAGUCAACAACAGGAACAAGAUAAAUCUUCAUUGGCAGCUAAUAAUCUUCGAAAAUUUUAUGAACUUCUUAGUAUAAUAGAUACAAGUCUUUUGAAAUGUUAUCUUCAAACUAAUGAAUCAUUGGUUUCAUCUUUAUUACGUAUCGAUAAUCAUUGUCAUCUUGAAGAAAGUGAAAUGGCUCUUAAAAAACGAGGUAAAACAGCCGAAUUAAUUAUUUUGUACAAAACAAAAGGUUUGCAUAAGAAUGCAUUAAACUUGUUACAGCAUCAAGCUCGUGAUGGUGCUGCCAAGAAUCCGGCUCAAGCUCGUAAACAACUAAUACAAUAUCUACAGGAAUUAGGUAGUGAUCAUUUGAAAUUAAUAUUUCAAUAUUCUGAAUGGAUAUUACAACAAUAUCCGGAAGAAGGUAUGCGAAUAUUUAUCGAUGAUGUUUAUGUUGAUUCACAAUCAGCUGCAUGGCCAAAAGAUGAUAUUGUUCAAUAUCUUGAAGCAAUUAAUCCGGAUUUGGCACUUACCUAUCUAGAUCAUUAUAUUGAAAAUCUUAAAUGGAAUGAAACUUCAACUAAAAUGAUCGAUACACUUAUCAACAAAUAUCGAGAUUCUAUACGUCCAUUGAUUGCUCAAUAUCGUGCUGAACUUCAACAACAAGGUCAUAAUGAUAACCGUAUGGAAAUUCUUAAUACUAAUGAUGAUGAAAACGAUACCGAAUAUCAUUAUUUAAGACCUGAACCUGCCGGACAAGAACCAGGUAAAUUGGGUCAAUUGCGGCGUAAAUUAAUGCAUGUAUUGGAAAUUUGUGAUUAUUAUACAAUGGAAACAUUGUCUGCCUAUUUACUUCAUGAUGGUCUUUUUGAAGAACGUGCUAUUGUACUUGGAAAGAUGGGUAAUCAUCGUGAAGCAUUGAUGAUCUAUGUUCAUAUAUUGAACGAUUUGGAAAUGGCUGAACAAUAUUGUUGGAAACAAUUUAAUAAAGCUGCCCAUUGUAAAGGUGCCGAUCGUAGAGUUUUUUAUUAUCUAUUUGAACAAUGUCUUCGUAAACCUAUGCGUAUGGAAUUGUCAAAAUAUUUGAAUGAUAACGCCGCUAGUAAUACAUUCAAAAUGUCACUGUUGUUACCAAGUUCGGUUCAUGCUUAUCUAAAUGAUGAACGUAAUCGAUCCAUUCUUGCCGAUCUAGAUCUUAAUGUACGAAUUGCUAUAGCCAUAUUAGCUCAACAUUCUACUCGAAUUAAUUUGAUUGAUGCAAUCAAAUUACUUGAUGAUCGAUUACCAUUACAGGCAUUAUAUUUAAUUCUACCACCAGCUAUACAUCAUCUUGCAAGUAAUCAUAAUCAUAGUCGUAUGUUAAGACGAUUGCUCAAAUCACAAAUACUCAAAGUACAUCAACAACGAAUUCAAGUGGAACAAGCUAGCCGUGUUAUUAUAACCGGUACAGAAAUAUGUCAAGCUUGUAUGAAACGUAUUGGAAAAAGUGUCUUUGUACGUUAUACAAACAAUGAUUUGGUUCAUCUUGGAUGUCGUGAUGGUUAUGAAUUAAUGACACAAUCAAAUCAUUGAUUCAAAUUGAUUGAAAAUUUUGGUUGUGUGUUGUAAAUAUCAUUUUCAUUUUAAAUUAAUCAAAUGAUAU